CCUGAUAUCGAUACAUCAUAUGUUAAUAUUACCGAUAACAGUUCAAGGGCGAUAGCUGGUAUCGAUGUAUCAUAUGUUAAUUACAUGAUAAUUAGGCUAAUGGCAUAUCGCUGUUAACUAAGGACACAAAUAUCAAUCUAACGGACAUUCAAGAGGAAGAGCAUCAAACCAAGAGCAUAGCUGGAUUGAACUGACACCAGAUUGAACCCCCAGCAAGGCAGAGUUCAGCGCUUUGGAUUGAAAGGGGUCGAUGGAUGGAUGGAUGGAUCGUCGCAGACACGAAGCGAGUCGAACAAUGCGGCGUUUGACAAAACUCUAUGCGAAAAGGCAGACGGCAGACAGCAGCAGCAGCAGUUGCAGCAGCAGCUCUGGCAACAACAACAAUUGAAAUGUAAACGAAACGAGGUGCAAUUACAACGGCAACUGCGGAUGCAAAAACCCAAGUUCCACAACAUUGAAGUCGCAGCCGGCAGCGUCAACGGAUAUGGCAACGAGGCGAAUGGAGUUGGGAGCUUGUGCAGUUGCAGCAACGAGAGCAUCUGCAUCUGUGGCAUAGAUGCCAGCUGUUGGCGGUGGGUAGGUAGCCGGCGGUGUAAGGUGGCAAGUGAAUAAAAGACACCGCUGCACCAUUGAGUGGCAUCAGUUGCAAGCAGCAAGUCGCCGAGACCCACCACCAAGGAUUACCCACCCACAGCAUGAUGAAACUGCUACUGUCGCUUCUUUCCAUGUGCGCCCUGGCCGCAGCACGUCCUGGCUACCUGCACGGACACCAUCACCACUAUCCGGAAUACCCGCUGUACCCGCACCACCACCACCAUGUGGAGCCCCUCCAUGUGGCAAAGAUCGUGCACCUGCCCGCCGCCGUCUCCCACCAGAGCUCCACGGUGGUGCACAGCGUGCCCCAUCACAUCAUCAAGCCGGUGGUGCUGCCUACGUUGGUGAAGACUGUGGUGCAUCCCCCCAUCAUCAAGGCCUACCACCCGGCUCCCAUCUUCAAGGCCUAUCACCCGUACGAUCCGUUCCAUCUGCAUCAUCACCAUGACUUCCACGACUACCAUCUCCACUGAUCGCCGCACCGCCACUCUGACUGCUGAAUGAUCGCGAAUGAUGAAUGAAAACUGAGAACAAGGAACGAAGAACGAAUAGGAUGCUACAGAUACGAUACUGCUACUGCUAAUCAUGAAUGACGAUGGAUGCUGUGAUGUAUGUGUGUAUCGACUGCUGAUUGCGAUGCAAACUGCUGGAUGGAUAUGCUACUCCCUCUGUCUAUAAUAGUGUUGAUUAUGUGUAUAUAAAAGAUACAAGAUACAAUAUCUGAAUUGAAAAUAUGUCUCUGUAAUGGAUACG